GAGAACUAAAUUAAAGAAAUGUUGGUAAAAAUAAAAUUAUUGGUUUUUGUGUAACCCUAAUUGUGAGAUUACACUAAGUAUGUUGUUGUUAUUGUUGGUUUUUUGGGGGUGUGUGUGUGUGUUUACUGGUGAUCAUUCUCUGAGAUUCUUUCUGGAAGUCAAAAAAAAAAAAAAAAAAACAAAGGAAAGGGAUCUCUACACAAAUAGUCAACCAAAUUUACUGUUUACUUUUUCUAGUCGUUAGACAUAGAUUAUAUACCGAUUAUACAUGGUUUUAUACAUAUUAUACGUAAAAAUAAAUACAUAUAUUAUAUAUUCGCCUGGUCUAUUUUUAGUUUAAGAGGUUGGGUGGACAACUAUUUAGGUUAAUUAUUCUAGAAGGGAAAUCGAUCCACCUGCUGAUUUCCCAUUUUACAGGAAUGAGUUGAGUAUGGACCAUGAUCAAUUUCUGAUGCCUUUUCUUUCAUUUCUACUGAUUCUUGUUACCCUGUUUACCUUCUGACAUGGUCAGUAUGUCCAGGUUUGAGAACCAAAGCAAUGGUUGGUCAAAUGAAAUCUUUGUUUUUUGUGUGUGUUUGUGUUUAUUGGUGAUCAUUUUCUGAGAUUGUACUUCACUUUCUUCUGAAAGAAAAAAGGGUUCUUUUCUAUCUUUUUUUUUUUUUUUUGUCUAUUUUUUGUUGGGUCUCAAAUAGUUAGCAUUCCUAUCCUUUUUGUUUUUUUGCUUGCUUUUCCCCUUGUGCUUGGAAGAAAGCUGAAGAAAAUUUCUCAACACGUACUUCCCUAAGAAAUUUGUUUCUUUUCUCUUUCAUUUCUACUGAUUCUUGGUACCCUAUUUGCCUUUUCUAACAUGGUGAGUACUGUCCAUGUUUGAGAACGGAAGAAAUGGUUGGUGAAAAGAACUUGGUUUUCUUUUGUGUGUGUGUUUAUUGGUGACAAUUCUCUAAGAUUAUUAUUCAUUUUCUUUGUGAAGAACAACAGGAUCUUUACACAAAUAGUCACUUGGAUAAACUGUUUACUUUUCCUAGCCUAUAUCCAUAAAUUAUACAUAUAUCCGCCGACAUUUUAGUACCUUUUUGGAGUGUCAUCUUUUGGUUCUUUUCAGUGGGGCUCUGCCUGAUCACUUUUAGUGGGGUCUCAAAUAGGAUUUUUGGAGCAUUCCCAAUUUGAUUCAAGUGUCACCUGAAAUAGAAAAGGUGUUAUCCCGUGGUUUGAAGAUGUAUGUGGUGGAGAGCAAAGGAGGGGCUAUAGUUUGCAUGUUAUUGUCUUUGUUCUUCUUAGGGACUUGGCCAGCCUUACUAACUUUACUUGAAAGGAGAGGGAGAUUUCCACAACACACUUACCUUGAUUAUACUUUCACUAAUCUUUUAGCUGCUGUCAUAAUUGCUUUUACCUUUGGUCAAAUUGGGACAAGCUCAGUGGAAAACUCAAAUUUCCUCUCCCAAAUCUCUCAGGAUAAUUGGACGAGUGUCUUGUUUGCAAUGACUGGAGGGGUGGUCCUUAGCAUUGGAAACCUUACAACUCAAUAUGCUUGGGCCUUUGUUGGUUUAUCAGUUACCGAGGUUGUCUCCUCAAGCAUUACUGUGGUUAUAGGAACGACCAUGAAUUACUACCUUGAUGACAAAAUUAACAAAGCGGAGAUUCUUUUUCCCGGGGUUGGAUGCUUCUUGAUUGCCGUUUGUUUAGGCUCUGCUGUUCAUGCAUCCAAUGCAGCUGAUAAUAAAGCAAAGCUUGAUAGUUAUUCAAAUGACUCUAAACAUAGCAUUAGGGCUAAUAGUAUUACUGACUCCAAACAAGCAUGCACAAAGAGAGUUGGUUUAAAUGAUGCGGAAAAGGGAGUUGCUUCCACAGAAAAGGCAAAAUUUGGGACUGCGCUUUUCCUGAUAGAUCUCGAGAAGAGAAGAGCGAUCAAGAUAUUCGGGAAGAGCACAUUCAUUGGUUUGGCGUUGACAUUCUUUGCUGGAAGUUGUUUUUCUCUCUUCUCACCAGCAUUCAACCUUGCCACGAAUGAUCAGUGGCGUACUCUAAAAGAUGGAGUUUCACACUUGAGCGUCUACACAGCAUUCUUCUACUUUUCAGUUUCUUGCUUUGUCGUUGCCAUGAUUUUGAACCUCAUCUUCUUAUACCGCCCUGUUCUAAAUGCGCCCAAGUCAUCUCUGAAGGCUUAUUUAAAUGACUGGAACGGUAGAGGUUGGGCCCUUUUGGCAGGACUUUUGUGUGGUUUUGGAAAUGGUCUCCAAUUCAUGGGAGGUCAGGCUGCUGGAUAUGCAGCUGCAGACGCUGUUCAGGCGCUACCCCUCGUGAGCACAUUUUGGGGGAUAAUUUUAUUUGGAGAGUACCGAAGAUCAUCCAGAAAAACAUAUACGUUCCUAGUUGGCAUGCUGUUUAUGUUUGUAGUAGCUGUUGGAAUUCUUAUGGCAUCAUCAGGGCAUCGCAAAUAGUGAAUCGAAGAAAUCAUAAUGCUGUUGUAGCCUGCUUAUAUAUCAGAAUUAGGAAAAUGUUGUUGUAUAUAGCACAUUGCUGUUUCUUGUUGAAUAGAAGCACAGUUUACUUAAAAUCUGCUGGAACUGUAAAUAGAUGUGGUUUAUGGAACCAGUUGCAAGCAUUUUAGAGACCUUUGGUAUGGAUAAUGAAUCAGAUCUUUCAAUUUGCAUUUUAUAUGCAAUUCUUGAUUUUAUCUGCAAUAUAAGUUACUUAUAUCUUAU